UAGGGUUUAAGCUUUUUUUUUCCGAUCUCUCUGAUUCUCAAAGUCUUCUCUUUUCUCUGCUGACGAUCCUAGUUUAGAGAACCCAAAAAGAAAGAUGAGAUCUUUAUUGGUUUUUAGAAAAAUCUCUUCACGGCUUCGUCUUCGUUGCUUGAUAAACACUAAACCCUUUUGUUCACUGUCUCAGUUUCCCAAAGAAUCUGAGAAUCCAAGUCAAGAAGAGCAGAGACUAGUUUACGGAUCCACUCCAGUUAUCACCGAAGCGAGUCUUUCUCCUGCUAAGCUUGAACUGAAGGACGAUGCAUCUGUAAUCGAAGUUCUUCUCAAUCGCAGGAACGACCCAGAAUCUGCUCUUCAGUUCUACAAUUGGGCUAGACCAUGGCGUGGAAGCUUUGAAGAUGGUGACCUCUUCUGGCUACUCAUUCAUAUUCUGGUUAGUUCUCCUGAUACCUACGGACGCGCAAGCGAUUUGCUCAUACGGUACGUUUCCACGAGCAAUCCAACUCCAAUGCCAAGUGUUUCGUUCACUAGUUUGGUGGAUUCCGCGAAAUUAUUUGGCUUUGAAGUCAAUUCACGAGCUUUUAAUUACUUGUUGAAUGCUUAUUCCGAGAAGAGGCGAACGGAUUAUGCGGUUGAUAUACUCAAUCAGAUGUUAGAACUAGGUGUGAUUCCAUUUGUUCCAUAUGUGAAUAGGACCUUGAGUGCUUUAGUUCAAAGGAAUUCGAUAGCUGAAGCUAAGGAACUCUAUAGUAGAAUGGUUGCCGUUGGUGUUGACGGUGAUAAUUGCACAACGCAGUUGUUAAUGCGAGCUAGUUUGAGAGAAGAGAAGCCUGAGGAAGCUUUGGAGGCUUUUAGUAGAGCUAUCGAGAGAGGAGCAGAACCGGAUGAUUUACUGUAUAGUCUUGCUGUUCAGGCUUGUUGCAAGACGCUCAAUUUGGAUAUGGCUAAGAGUUUAUUGAGGGAGAUGAAGGAGAAAACGUUGUGUGUCCCUUCGCAGCAAACGUAUACUUCUGUGAUUGUGGCUUCCGUGAAGCAAGGUAACAUGAAGGAGGCAGUUAGAAUUAAGGAUGAGAUGGUGAGUGAUGGGAUACCGAUGAAUGUAGUUGCUGCAACGAGUCUGAUCACGGGGUACUGCAAGAUCAAUGACUCGUGUAGUGCUUUGGAAUUGUUUCAUCAGAUGGAAAAGGAAGGCCCCUCUCCAAACAUGGUUACGUUUUCGGUUCUGAUAGAGUGGUGUAGUAAGAACGGGGAAAUGGAAAAGGCGGUUGAGUUUUACAAGAAAAUGGAAGGUCUAGGUCUUACUCCUUCUGUCUUUCAUGUCCACGCGAUAAUCCAUGGGUGUUUGAAAGGCCAGAAAGAGGAAGAGGCACUGAAACUCUUUGACGAGUCUUUUGAAACCGGUCUUGCAAAUGUGUUCAUAUGUAACAGUAUAUUAUCUUGGUUAUGCAAGCAAGGUAAGAUAGACAAAGCCACAGAGUUAUUGAGGAAGAUGGAAACUAGAGGUCUUGAACCAGAUGUAGUUUCUUACAAUAACGUGAUGCUUGCCCAUUGCAGAAAAAAAGACAUGGACUUGGCUCGUACUGUUUUUUCGAAUGUGCUGGAAAAGGGUCUAAAGCCGAAUAACUACACGUAUUCCAUUCUGAUUGAUGGAUGUUUCAAGAAUCAUGAUGAAGAGAACGCUUUGGAAAUCAUCAAUCAAAUGACUUCUUCCAGUAAUGAAGUCAACGGGGUCGUAUGCCAAACAAUUAUCAGUGGUUUGUGCAAAGUUGGUCAGACAUCCAAAGCAAGAGAAGUGUUGGCAAAUAUGAUCGAAGAAAAACGGUUUUGUGUUAGUUGCAUGAGUUACAACAGCAUUAUAGAUGGAUUAAUCAAAGAGGGUGAAAUGGAUUCUGCGGUUGCAGCUUACAAGGAGAUGUGUGGCAAUGGUGUUUCUCCAGACGUCGUUACUUAUACCAUCUUGAUGAAUGGGUUAUGCAAAAAUAACAGAAUGGAUCAAGCAUUGGAAAUGAGAGACGAAAUGAAGAACAAAGGUGUUAAACUCGAUAUCACAGCUUAUGGUGCUCUUAUCGAUGGGUUCUGCAAAAAGAGUAACAUGGAAGGCGCAUCUGCUCUUUUCUCUGAACUCACUGAAGAAGGAUUGAGACCAAGCCAACCUGUUUACAACAGCUUGAUAUCUGGAUAUCGUAACCUGGGGAACAUGGCAGCUGCGCUUGAUUUGUACAAGAAAAUGUUGAAAGACGGUGUACGAUGUGAUCUUAGUACAUAUACAACACUGAUUGAUGGAUUGUUGAAAGAAGGAGAUUUGAUCCUCGCCUCUGAUUUGUACACAGAAAUGCAGGCGGUGGGUAUUGUCCCUGAUGAAAUCAUGUACACAGUCAUUGUAAACGGUCUUAGCAAGAAGGGACAGUUUGUGAAAGUGGUUAAGAUGUUUGAGGAGAUGAAGAAGAAUAAUGUGACUCCAAAUGUUCUUAUCUACAACACGGUGAUUGCAGGACAUUACAGAGAAGGAAAUCUCGAUGAGGCUUUUAAACUUCACGAUGAGAUGCUUGACAAGGGUAUUCUACCCGAUGGUGCUACAUUUGAUAUUCUAGUUAGUGGGCAAGUCGGAAAAUUUCAACCUACGCGUGCAGCAAGUUUGUAGUCUGGCGAAACCGUGCCACGUUAUUGACUGAUGAGUUAGAGUUAGCUUUGGCUUUCCGUGAGACCCGUUAGUCUGACAACUUAAGGUGUGCACUAUUUCAAUCUGCACGGUUUUAGUAUGGAUGUUAUUCAUGAAAGAGGGAGACUUUUAAACACUUAAUGUAAAGAAACUAAGAAGAGCCUUCUGUUUUUGUCAGUUUUAUAAAAUACUGACGUAUUCUUUCUUAUACUGAGCAUCUUUAUUUCGUCAUGUAAACGAGGUUGCAGUUUUUUGAAGGUCUUAUGAAGCAUAUCUAAUGUUGGCGAGUGAUGAACCAGUGCACUGACUUGAGUCUUUUAUCAAACUCUUCAUAUGAUUCUCCUAGCAUAUUGUCUGCUCGAGUAAGGCUGCUCGAUGUGAACUGGAACAGGAAAACGCGUAGCCUUCUUCCAGAUUCAAAACCCAGAAAGGAUCAACCUGCAACUGACACAAGUAUAGGAGGAGAUGAGUGAGAAUAAAGACAAUGCUAAGCCUGCGAGGUGUUAGUUAUCUAAACCGUUUAAGUUACAAGAUUCGGAUAGUCUUUCUAUUUGUCUGUCUCUCUCUAGCCUGCUUCUGAGAUCAGCUUUAAAAAUGGUUUUGGGGUUUUCAAUUUAUAGCUUGGUGAUUUAGUCCCCUAUAAGAUUGACCUUGUGGUUCUGGAACUAAAUUGCUCUAUUUUUGAGCAAACCAUAGCAGAUUAAAUUAAUAUCAAAAGCUUGCUUGUACGUGUAUUGCG